UGACCGCACCCAAGCGUGGAGGGUCACGGUUCAACACACCUGUACCCAUUGUUACGAGGAGGGCGCAGUGGAAUGCACGUAUUGUGUUGCGUUGUGGAGAAUUUAGGCUUCAGUCCAAAUUGUGUCGGAUUUUGUUUUGUCAAACUGAACGAAUUUCGGUACGUCUAAGUGGAUGGGAUUGUACACAAAACACAGGUUCUCGAUGCGUAAAGGGACAGAUAAAUCUAGAGGAUUUUGACGAAGUGGCGUGAGAAUUACUCGGGUGAUUUUCCCGCUUGGAAGUUGGAAUUGGGAAUACCAAACUAGUCAACAAAAUGGCCAACUCGUCUAAGGAAGACACGUACGCCUACUACUAUCACACGAACUACAUCCGGAAUGCCCGAGCUAUCGCAAUCGCAUGGGCCCUGUUCACCUUCUGCUUCGCCAUCAUCAUGUGCGUGGUGCUGGUCCAGCCCUACUGGCUCGGGGACGGGCCUGACGCUCAGGGCAUAGGGUACUUCGGGCUGUACCGCUUCUGUGUCAGCUUCAACCUGGCUGGUCAGCUGGUCUGCCAGAACGCUCUACUGGACAUAUCUCUGGCCACGCAGGUCAUCCCCGUCACCAUGUUUGUGGCCACCAUCUUCGUGGCCUUGGCCGUGGCGUUCCUGCUGUUGUCAAUCAUUUUCAUGCUGUUGUUUCUCUGCAAGAAGCCCAGCACUGCUACGGUGUUCAAAUUGUGCGGAGUAUUGCAGAUUGCGACAGGGUUGUUCCUGUUGAUCGGCAUCCUCAUCUACCCAGCCAGCUGGUCACAACUCCCAGAGUUUGUCACUGUGUGCGGGCCGGAGGUUUCCUACGGCAACGCCGGCAAGUGCCAGCUGCGGUGGGUCUUCUAUCUGGCCAUCAUUGGUGUCUUCGAUGCCAUCGUCCUGGGUGUCCUGGCCUUCAUUCUGGCCAGCAAGCAGGACAAACUGGCCACGGAUAUGCAGUUCUCUGACUACUAUCCACCCUCAAAAGGAGGGAACUUCUCCAAUGGCAAGAAGAAGACCUCAGUCAGCGGCUAUCCGACGGCCUCCGGGCAGACCGGUUACCCCUCCGCGACCCGACAGAAUGGAGCAGCAGGCUCCAUGGACCGGCGCAGCAACCACAGCGGCACGACCUCAUCGGAACGAGACGCCAACCGGUCCAACGGGGGCAGCUCGGUCAACCGGAGGGGCACGGACUCCUCCGAUCCCUUGUACUCGUCUGUCAAGCCACGCAGGGAGCGCGGCGGACCUUCGAGCAGUGGGACGGGCGGGGCCGAGGGAGAUGACGAGGCGGGGAGCACGCGGAGUGGCAUCUCCAGCAAGUCCGGCAAGUCUAGCAAGUCCAGUAAAUCGGGCAAGCACACGCACGAUGUCAUCCUGUAGGCAUUUGCGCCUCUUUUUCGUUAUUCGCACAGAAUUGUGGAACAUGACAAAAAUGCACAAAAGCACAUUGAAUGUGUUCAUGCACUGUUUGAAUUGAUGUACACAAAUAAUAAAGGGUCAAUACAAUGUACUACAAAAUUCAAGACUUCAUUACCUUCUUAAACAUUGAAUAAACGUUUGUAUUAUUCAAUGUUUGUAAGAAGUGAGUGUUUCAAACAAGUUUAGUCUGUUAGUUUAUCCCGCACUGGCCAUUGUUGAGGGUUUAAUUUGCUUGUCAUUCUUUUUUUGUGAGAUUUGAAGGUUUUUUUUCUUUUUUUUUGUCCAAGACAAUACACUGUACAUGUGUACAGUAUUCAUAUGGAUCUAGUUAACCACACCUGCAAAAACUUUUUGAAUUCCAAAUUUUUUUUCUCAAAAAAUGAUGGAAAAUUGGAAAUAAUAGAACGGAUUGUUAAACAAAAUAUGUACAACCAUGGACAGUGAAGCUCUUUUUUGUGUGUGUGGUACAAUUUCUACUAUUGGAGAAUGUAAAAAAAAAAGUACAUACCGGU